CUGAGCCCUGAACCAUGUGAACCGGCAUGAUGGAGGCCCUCGAGGAGUAAUCUUCUAUCAUCGCCCUAAGCUCUAUUAUGCCUAUUCUAAAACCGUACGACAAGCGAGUAAGCGUGGCCGAGCCAUCUGCUGAAACGGCCAGUCCCUUUCAUUCCAUAUUUGCUCUGGAGUGUGGCUGCGACAAUUGCGACAAAGACCAAACUCUGGCUUAUCGAGGAACGUGCUUCCUACUCAGCGAUCUGAACUAUGCAGCUAGCAAGGAGUACAUCUUCGCGACUGCCGCACAUAAUCUGCUCUGCACCAAUUGCGGCCACUGGCUCUGGGUACAAAUCUACAGCGAUUUAUCUGAGCACCAGUUCCUAACCAAGGGAAAGAUAACCCGCAAGAACGAGAAUGGCUGGUUGAUCGUUCCUGACUGGUACAAGGACAAUGCCAAGGAUUCAAAGACGAAUAGCAAUCUUGACCAAUUUCGACACGACUAUGGCAUAAUAGCAGCCAAGAAGAGUCGCUGCGAGUGUCCGCUGGUAUACUGGGCAGAUGAAAACCUUCUUGGCGUUGCGACCCAGUGCCAGAAGGAAGAGGAUGACGUCCGCAUGUGCGGAUAUCCAAUGUACACCUACUAUGGUGGCCGUCAAGAGACGGCCGAGAAAUGCAAAUACUGGGUUGACGAGCCCCGCCGUGCUGAGUUUGCAGAGCACGACAAUCAGCUUCACUACUUUGUUGACUCUAGCGGUGGGCAAGGUGGCUCGCCCGUCUUCCUUCUGCCCAAAGAAGGCGAAGCUGAAACGGCCUCUGCUACUGGCUAUGUUGUAGGGAUUCACGUCGGCGGUGGUGAUAAGCAUAAUUCCGCUGUGAAGCUCCGGGACGAGUAUGGACGCGACACAAAGCCAAUGAAAGACCUCCGAAAUUGGGCGAAGGAUCCAUCACCAUGGUUACCAGCCGAUAAUGUUGAAGAAUAUGAUGAGGAAUCAGUCAAGCGCAGGGGGUCGGAACAGAAGGGUACGCACGGAGCUCGACUGCAUCAACAGCAACAAGCAGAAUCAACUUCAGAUGAGCCUAUGGAUGAGCAGACAAGUCCCACGAUUGACAAAGGGGACCAACCACGGUCAGUUUCUGGAAACUAUCAGAGGUGAAAGAAAGUGAUUGAAAUUGGAAAGGAUUGGGAGAACUUCGUGGGAGGGAGAACUUCGUGCCACACAUCAUGGAACGGACGGCGGAGGGAGCAGUGAGUCGGAGAGCAGUGAUGGGAGUGAUGGUGAGAGUGUUAGUGUUGUGCGUAGGUUUCGUGGUAGCAAGUCUUCAGUGUACAAUCAUCUGCUAGCUAGUCCUGAUUGUUGCAAUUCGUAUUCCGACUCUUCGUUCACUGUAUUGUGCCGUGGUCGUCAUGGUUAUGGACUACAGUUAAAAGUGUUGGAAGCUAUCUAUCAGCGUCUGUAUAAGCCUAAUUUGUGUGUACAGAAGUAUAGUAUAUUUGGGUUGAAAUUGUUCAAGUAACGUGUCGUGUUUGGUGCGACCAAGCUUGGCCGUUAAUGUUCUAGGUGAAAUGUACUGCUGUUAUGUGUUAUCACUUUGUCCUUCCUUCUUUCCUUCUCUUGUUUGUUCAUUUUUCCAUUUGCAAUUUUAUUGUUAGCACACGCAUUCGUUAUUGCUCUCGCUUUGAUUGUUUUCACAAUUGUAAAUGUCACUGCUGUUGUUCUUAGUGUUAUUUCUCUAACUUAGAUGAUUCCUGAUGAGUGUUGUACGAAAACUUGUUUGAAUCCAUAUUUUUUCUCUACACCAUUUCUUCAUAUUUUCAUCGUUUUAUUGCACAUCGUCUCCACCGUUUUUACAUUACAUGAAUAAAGUACACAAAUGUCGAUUCAGCUAAUUUUAUUGAUUGCGGUUAUCAAAUUAUUUUCUCCUCGCCGUUUGUUUAAAUAAAUAAUAAUAAUAAU